UUCAUUUUAUUUCCACAAUGGGUAGAGGGGAAAAAAAAAAUCAUCAUUCAAUAUGUGAUAUAUAAAGUCUGUAAAAGUAUUGGCACUUCAUCAACAGGGGCCCUCAGGGAGGUUUGAGGUGAAGUUGAAGAAUAAAACAUAAUUCAUACAGUUUUUCAGUGGUGGAUAAAGUACUCACUUCACAAGUGAACCUCCAUCAUAGGACAGAAAACCCAGAGUUAAACCUGAGGUUACCUUGCUAACCUCAAAUCCUGCUUUGUGGUACAGGCCUCUGGUUAUGAUUGCUCCUUAGGAAAAAAAACAUCAGCCCUAAAUUACUGGUUUUGUGCAUAAUCUAUGAUCCAAUUGCUGUCUUGAGGGAAGGGUGAAGCCAAAUUAAGAAAUGACACAUUAUAAAAGCAGCAAAGAUCAGUUGUCAGUACGCUGGAAUAACAGAACACACACAGGAAUUAAGUUCUUGAUCUUGAGAUGAACAGAGAAAGAAGAAAAACGGAAAAUCAGAUGAGGCAUGGAGACAGAGGACAGUGGACAAAUAAAACUGAAUAUAUUCUGGUUGUUGCAGGAAACAUAGUCGGUUUGGGUAAUGUGUGGAGAUUUCCUUACCUCUGCUACAAGGUGAAUACAGGUGCUUUUCUGGUGCCAUACGGUCUGUUAGCUGUGGUGUGUGGGAUCCUUCUGUUCCUGCUGGAGAGCUCAGUUGGUCAGUACACCCAGGAAGGAUUCAUCACGUCUUGGAGGAAAAUGUGUCCACUGGCACAAGGAAUUGUAUUUGGACAACUGGUGAUUUCACUAUGUUUCUUCAUCUACAUUUUAAUUGAAGCCUGGGCUCUCUUCUACCUGGUGUUCUCGUUCAGAUCCCAGAUCCCCUGGGCCAGCUGUGAGAACACCUGGAACACAGCUCACUGUGUCGGUCUUCAGACUUUCAAUUCAUCUCAUGUGACAGCAAACCAGACCAACAUCACCUCUGCUGCCAUUGAGUUCUGGGAACGACGUGUGCUGGCCAUGUCUGGAGGCAUUGAGGAGCUGGGCGGUGUGCGAUGGGAGCUGGCUCUGUGUCUUCUGGCCUGCUGGGUGGUCUGUUACUUCAGUAUCUGGAAAGGUGUCAGAUCCUCUGGAAAGGUGGCAUCUUUCACUGCCACGUUCCCCUAUGUGAUGCUCAUGGUCCUCCUCAUCAGGGGCCUGACUCUACCUGGAGCUUGGCAAGGGAUUUACUAUUACCUGUAUCCAGAUUUGAACCGCUUGGCUAACGUUAAGGUGUGGAUAGAGGCAGGAUCUCAAAUAUUCUUCUCCUAUAGCCUGACAGCAGGGACUCUGAAUGUUCUGGGCAGCUACAAUGACUACAACAACAACUGUUACAAAGACUGCUUUUGGCUCUGUUUACUGAACGGUGGGACCAGUUUUGUUGCUGGAUUUGUCGUCUUCUCAGUGCUCGGAUUCAUGGCUCAGAAACAGGGUGUUACUGUCGACACUGUAGUUGAAUCAGGUCCAGGUUUGGCCUUCAUUGCUUAUCCUCAGGCAACAGCUAUGAUGCCUUUACCACAGUUCUGGACUGUCUGCUUCUUCCUGAUGCUCAUUCUGCUGACUGUUGACACACAUUUUGUGAUCGUGGAGAGUUUUAUUACCACGGUGACCGACUUGUUUCCAAAGAUGAUUCGUGCACCAGUGAGGCAUGAGAUCUUCGUCCUCCUCAUCUGUUUAUCCAGCUUCCUCAUACAACUGACCCUGGUUACUGAAGGAGGUAUAUACGUAUUCCAACUUAUUGAUUUCUAUGGCUCGACCAGAGUCUGUCAGAAUUUCAUGGCUAUAUCUCAGUGCAUGGCUGUGGGCUGGAUAUUUGGUGCUGAUCGCUUUUUUAACAUCAUUAAGGACAUGACGGGACAGAGACCGUCUGUUUUCUUUAAACUUUGCUGGAAAUACAUCAUUCCUCUGCUGUCAUUGAUUUCCUUCAUCUUGUACCUGGUUGAUUACAAACACCUCAAGGUUCACAACUUGUACAUUUACCCUGACUGGGCUUAUGCACUGGGAUGGACCAUGACUCUCUCCUCUGUUCUCAUGGUGCCACUGUGGGCAGCUGGACAGAUGUGUUUGACACCAGGAACCUUCAGAGAGCGUUUGUCCGUCCUCUGUCGUCCUGCUGGAGAUCCAGCUUGGCAGAGGAGAAAACUGGGAGAGGAGGGGACAAGUGUGGAACUGAGGACAUCUGCCGUGACAGCUUAGUGUGACCUGAGAAGUCAACUUUAAUAA